AUGGUUCUGGUACCUAUGGUGGAUCUAUUUAUUUAUCUGGAGGUAAAUUAUUAAUUUUAAUAUGUAUCACCAGAUUCUGAAAUGACGAUCAAGGAUUCUUAUUUCAGAUAAAAUGUUGCCUUAUUUAGUGGUGGAGCUAUUUAUGCCGCUAAUUUUAAAAGACUAGAUGUAUAUAACACAACAUUCGAGCAAAAUUUAGCUGAAGAUGCAGGAACAUUGAAGGCUUAAAAUGUCAAUGAACAGGGAGGUUCGAUAAUGUGCACAGAUUGUGGAAUUUUCUAUUUGUAAAAUGCUCAAAUAAUCGAUUCUAAAUCGACCAAAGGUGGAUCCAUUUAUUUGGAGCAAUCUAAUUUGAGGAAAAAUAAGUAUCCAGAUAAUAUGGCUUACUCAACUAUAAUCCACAAUAAUUCUAUUAAGAACUCCCUUUCAUUAACUGAGGGUGGAGCGAUAUAUCUUCAUAAUUUGCAUAAAGUUCUAAUUCAAGAUAAUCAGUUCAUUAAAAAUGCUGCUGAGAAUAAAGGAGGAGGAGUAUAUAUGGACUGCUAAGACCCUUAUAACUGCAAGUAUGAAUUUGGGGGAGCCAAUGUAUUCAGAUAAAACUAAGCCAACAGCUCUGGUGGAGCAAUAUACUGGAAUGAUGUAAAGCCAACUUUAGUAGAUGGAGCUUCCUACAUAUUCAAAGAUAAUACAGCUUUAAUUUAUGCUGAUGACAUUGCAAGUUACCCUUAAAAACUAAUUAAACUAACCAUAGAAUAAUACAAUUAGCAGAUCAAACGAUCAAAUCCCGAAUAAGAUGACUAAAGAUGGCUUAAAAGUAAAGAAUAAGAUUCAUAGAGUAGAAUGCUUACUCUUCAAACUUCGUCUGAGUAAAAUAAUCAAAGAAGUGGAGACAAAUUGCCAAUAAUGUACCUUGCAUUAGUAGACUAAAUGGGUUAAGUUGUAGGAACAUAGAAUAGUAAAAAAUUAGAUAUAUCAAUAAAAUCUACUCUUAGUAAUGGCUCAAACGCCCUCAAAUAUCAAGCGUCAAUCAUUGGAACUAGCACUUACUACUCAAAAAAUGGUCUCUAUAUUUUGGAUGAUAUAUCACUCAUCGCUGCACCUGGAGAGUCAUAUAAAUUCUCAAUAGUAUCUGAAGGAAUAGAUCUAAAUAAACCAGCUAAUUCUUAAAUUUUGCAAUCUGACUCUACAAAUCAGACUAAUAUUGAUUUCUAACUAUUUGUUAAUCUAAGAGAAUGCAUUCCAGGUGAGAUAUGUAGCCCUUGUCCAGCAGGUAAAUCAUACUCACUAGUGAAAAUGACAGAACCAGGACAAUGCAGCACCUGUCCAAGUUCAAAAGCUAUUUGUAAUGGAGGAUCUAACAUUGGGCCUUAGAAAGGUUACUGGAGAGGGAUGAUCCCACCUUAAAAUAAUCCUUAAGGCUCUUGCUUAUAAGGGUAUAGAGGCAUAUUAUGCGCUGACUGCAAUGUAGGUUAUUCAAGAACAGGCACAUUUGAAUGUGGGAAAUGCCCUUAAUAUGGGUAGAAUCUAUUUAGAAUAAUUGCCAUAAUCUUGGUAGCAAUAGUAGUAAUCAUAUUCAUGAUAAGAUCCACAUUAAAUGGUGCAGCAAAUGUUAAAAAUACAACAAGUGUUUUUUAAAAGAUCAUACUGAAUCAUAUUCAAUUGAUUGUUCUCACAGCUUCAUUUGAUUUCAAAUGGCCAUAGAUAGUUUUAGACUUUUUCAAAACUAGUCAAACAAUUGGUGAAGCAUCAAACCAGAUAUUUUCAAUUGACUGCUUUUUUAACAAUGAUCAAGGAUUCGAUAGUGUCUAAGGAAUUGAAGAUUAAAAAAUUGGAAAGGAACUGGGUGUAAGAAUAUUUUAUAUAAAGCUUGCUUUAUUUGGGUCACUUCCUAUUUUCUUAGUACUUAUAUCAUCCUCAUUUUGGUUCAUUUUAUACAAUAAGAAAAAUCAAAAGUCAAUAAGAGUUACUAAAGCCAUAUCAACUGUGGUUAUCCUGCUAUUUUUGGUCCAUCCAAAUAUUGUUAAAUAUGUUUUUAAUCUUUUCAAUUGUAUUGAUAUUGAUGGAGAAAAGCGAGUUAAGAAUGACCUUUAGAUAUUAUGUUAUGUAGAAGAACAUAUAAUAUGGGCAUUAGGAAUCGGAUUGCCAAGUUUAAUAGUAUGGGGCCUUGGUAUCCCCUUAUUUGGCUUUAUUCUUCUGUUAAGAGAUCAUAAAUCUCUAGAUUCUUUGGUUACAAGAUAAAAAUAUGGCUUCCUUUACAGAGGCUUUAAAAGAAGAUUUUACUACUGGGAAAUAGUUAUUACUUACAGGAAGAUCUUUCUCAUCUUUAUUUAGAUUUUUCUUGUAUAAUAUGGAGUUAUCACUCAAACAUAAACUUUGAAUGAGCUCGAAACUUUAUCAUUGAUAACAUCACUUUUGACAAUUUUUUGUGGAGUAUUUUUUAUUGUUUCAGUUGAUCAAACAGAUAUACAAAUAAUAUUAUUUAGUAACUUGACAUUCUUUACAUUCUGGACUUAUAAGAUGAUCAUUGAAAUUCAGCACAUGUUAAUGAAAAAAUUUUCCAAAGUUUAUAUUUUCCUGUUCUUGUGCAAUAAUUAAUAGAAGUAUGACGCAAUUAUGGAGAUUAAUAGAAUAAAAGAGGAAAAUGAAAUUUUGAGAGAAAAGUACUAAGAUCAUAUGAAAUAACUCAUGGAUAUGUGCGACAAUGGAGAGCUCCUUUUAAAUUAAAAGAAUCUAGAAAAACUACUAAAUGGUUUCAGCAAAGAAAAAUUAUUGAAAGUAGUGGGAGUUUAUGAAGAAUAAUAAUCUUAGAUUUCCAAUAAUGAUCAUCAUGAUAAAAAAAGAAUCCAUAGGCCAAAUAAAAAUAAAUUGACUGAAGAAAAUAUAAUAACUACUUUAUUUAAGAAAUAAAAUAGAAAGUUUAGCACUCAAUUGCAGGAUAAAGAAGGUUUAUUGAUGAUAAAAUCACAAGAAUCAGCCUUUAGACAUCAUAAAAAAACUAGAAGAAAAUAAUAAUUGAAGAAAAUGCUUGAAUAAAGCUUAAACAUCAGAGAAUCUGCCAAUCAGAGAAUUUUAUUCACAGAAAAUAACUAAGAAUCAUAAGUUUUUGAUUACUAUGAUAAUACCUUUUCGUCUAUGUUCACAGAUAGUUAAAAGGAUGAUGACAAAGGAAAAAUGAUAUCAACAACUUCUGAUAUAGAAAACUAUACUAAGAAAGCAAAUUGUAACAUGCGAAUUUACAAACCUAAAGAUGUGAAUACAUUACCCUAAAGGUAUUCAGCAGAAGAUUUAGACUUUCUGGAAAUGGAAAAUGACAUUAUGCAAUAUACCAGAUAUUAUGAUAGGCCUACUGCUACGAACUCAGGUCUUGAGAGAUAAUAUUCAGCCAAAAUAUACCCAGAUUAUAAAACUGAAUUAUUUGAUUCUAGCAUUAAAGAGAAUGGAAAUUCUUUAGCAUAUGAUUCUCUAUUUCAUGUUAUUAAAAAGAGUUAAACCCUAUUGAGUGGUAGGAAGAAAUUCUCUUAAAUUAAAAACGAAAAUCACUACAAAAAAUUAAGGGCUAACCACUCGAAAUCCACUCAUCUUUUAGAGGAAGAGACUUCUAAUAACAUCUUAUUGCAAUUAAUUGCUGAAGAGGAGACUCCAAUUUAAACAGAUUAAAUGGUACACGAAGAACUUGUUUUGGAAGACAUAAAUUCAAAUGAUAAUCCAUUAGAUACCAAUCGAACUUAAAAUAAUUUGUAGCCUCUUCUUAGUUUGGAAUUUAUGAGAGAGGGUGAAUCAUUGUCAUCGAGUAUGAAUUUAGUGUUCAAAGAUUUGGAUGGACUAAAAUAGCUGGAACAAUAAUAAAGUUUAGAAAACUAUUUAGGCCAAUCAAUCGAAAAUCUUAAAAAUGAAUACCUUGAAAACAGUCACUACAAUAUGUGA